AUGUUCUCAAUUUUGGUUGCCACUGACAGUCAUUUAGGGUACGAAGAAUCAAACCCUGUAAUAGGUGAUGACAGUUUUGUAACUUUUGAAGAAAUUUUAAUAAAAGCGGUUGAACAAGAUGUUGAUUUCAUUCUUUUAGGAGGUGAUUUAUUUCAUCACAAUAAUCCUACCCAAAAAUGUAUGAACAAAUGUAUGGAAAUGUUAAGACGAUAUACAUUAGGAGACAAACCUGUGUAUUUUGAGCUUCUUUCUAAUGCUUCUAAAGUCUUCAGCAGUACAGUUUCUCAAACUACCAAUUACUUGGAUGGCAAUAUUAAUGUUUCCAUACCUGUGUUUAGCAUUCAUGGAAAUCAUGAUGAUCCUAGCGGAAUGGGACAUUUCAGUGCAUUGGAUACAUUAUCAUCAGCUGGUUUGGUGAAUUAUUUUGGAAAAUCAACAGAUCUUUUGAAAAUCACUAUUAAUCCUAUUCUGCUGAGAAAAGGGAAAACUAAAAUUGCUCUUUAUGGUUUAAGCCAUAUAAAAGAUGAUCGAUUGUGUAGAUUAUUCAUGGAUAAUAUGGUAACAUUUACAAGACCAGAAGUUGAUCCAGAUAGUUGGUUUAAUAUAUUAAUUCUACAUCAGAACAGAGUUGAUAGAGGACCCAAAAGAUAUAUUUCAGAAUCCUACAUUCCAGAAUUUAUAGAUUUACUCAUUUGGGGUCAUGAACAUGAUUGUUUGAUUGAACCGUAUAAAAAUGUUGAAAAGGGUUUUUUCGUAAUACAACCUGGAAGUUCAGUACCCACAUCAUUAUCAGAAGGAGAAGCUUUGCCUAAACACGUGGCCGUUUUAAAAAUUUAUGAAAAAAAAAUGAAAAUUUUACCUCUUAAGUUAAACACAGUUAGACCAUUUGUUUGGAGAACAGAAAAAUUAUGGGAAAUUGUUGUUAGUUCUGAAAACAGAGAAGUAAAAUCGGAAGAAAUUAAAACUCACUGCAUGCAAAUCGUUGAAGAAAUGAUUAGAGAAUCAAACGAAUUAAAAACGGGACAUCCGAAUCAACCGAAAUUACCAUUAAUUCGUUUACGUUGUGAAUACUCUGAUGAAACUCAACUUUUCAACGUCGUUAAAUUUGGACAACUUUUUCAAGGAAGAGUUGCUAAUCCUAAUUCGGAAAUAGUUAGAUUAAAAAGAAAUUUUAUUAAGGCGGUUAAAAAAGAAAAAUUUGGAGAUUUGGCUAGGUUAAAUGAAUUAUAUAAAGACAACAUGGAAGAAGCUCAUAAUUUUACUGCUUGUGUAAAUCACAUUGUUCGAGACUAUUUUACUAAUCACGAGGAAGCCAAAAUGUUGAUUCUUAGAGUUCCAGCUGCAGUAGAAAAAUUUAUAGAUAAAGAUGACGUGUUUGCCAUUGAAGAAUUGGUUGAUCACAGAUUUGAAAAAAUAAUAAAAGAAUUAAAAGAACAAAAAGUUAAUGGGGAUGAAACUAAUUUGACUGAAUUAUUUGAAAGAUUGAGAGAUGAAGAUGAGAAAUUGAAUACGAAAAAUGAAAAAGAUUUUCAAAAACAAUUUAAUAGUGUUAGAUCAAAAGAAACUUCACAUUCCGGUUUGUAA